AAUUUAUGAUGUUUUUUCAGUUUUACCCUCUUAAAAGCAAAUAUUUAAUUUUGUCACUCCAAUGUGGGUAAAUUUGAAAUGGAGGGAGUAUAACAAUUAGUCAAAUUAUAAAAGUCAAGUUUCCCGGCGUUGUACCGGAAAGUUGAUCGGAGAUUAGCAAUGUCAACUAGACAAGUCUACCGGAGAAUUCAUCAUUUGUGGAGUUUUCACCCUAUAUUUCUACGAACAAACAAAACGGUGCCGUCCUUUCAUAACCAAAUCCAUACAGUAUCCGACGAAGAAGACAACUGCGCCGCCGUAAAAGUGCAAGCCCUUCUCAAGAAUGAAGAAGCAGAUAAAAAAUCAGUAAGCGACAUUUUCAAAUCUCUUAGUCAAUGCAAUUUCACAUUAUCCGAAGACUUUAUUCUAAGCGUGCUUAAACGACAUCGUUCUGAUUGGAAACCCGCUUUUACCUUCUUCAAAUGGGUAUUAGGAAGUGGGUAUUCACCUAGGACUGGAUCUUUCAAUGAAAUUAUCGAUAUUCUUGGACGUAUGAGACGUUUCGAUGAACUCAACCAACUGUUCGACGAAAUGUCUAAGAGAGAAAAUUUAGUUAAUGAAACAACUUAUGGCAUUGUUGUUAAUAGAUAUGCUGCAGCCCAUAAAGUUGAUGAUGCAAUAGGUAUGUUUUAUAAGAGGAAAAUUUUGGGUUUGGAGCCUGAUUUAAUUGCUUUUCAGACGCUUCUUGUGUGUUUGUGCCGGUAUAAGCAUGUUGAAGCAGCGGAAUUCUUGUUCCAUAAUAAGAAAAAUGAGUUUAAGGAUGAUAUUAAGACGUGGAAUAUUAUUCUUAAUGGAUGGUGUGUGUUGGGGAGUUCGCGAGAGGCGAAGAGGUUUUGGAAUGAUAUUGUGACUUGCAAAUGUAAGCCGGAUAAAUAUACGUAUGGCAUAUUCAUCAAUUCGCUAUGUAAAUCAGGGAAAAUAAGCAGGGCUGUUGAGUUGUUCCAGACAAUGUGGGAAAAAGGGUGUAAGCCUGAUGUUGCUAUUUGCAAUUGUAUUAUUGAUGGAUUGUGUUUCAAGAAGAGAAUUCCCGAAGCUCUUGAGAUUUUCCAGGAAAUGAAUGAGAGAGACUGUUUACCUGACGCUGCCACUUAUAAUUCGUUGAUUAAGAAUUUAUGCAAGAUUAGGAGGAUGGAGAAAGUGUAUGAGCUUUUAAACGAGAUGGAAACGAAUGGAGGAGAGAGUUGUUUGCCAAAUGCUAGAACUUAUGGUUACUUGUUGAAUUCCGCCAAGACUUCUGACGAGGCUAUUGGGAUUUUGGAGAGGAUGAACAAAAACAGGUGUAAGAUGACCGGAGAUAUUUACAAUUUGUUGUUAAGGUUGUUUAUGAGCUGGGAUGAUCAAGAUAAAGUAACGAGUACGUGGGAUGAGAUGGAGAGGAGCGGAUUAGGACCCGAUCAACGAUCCUAUACAAUUAUGAUCCACGGUCUUUACGAAAGGGGAAAACUAGAGGAUGCUUUGUCUUAUUUUAAUGAGAUGAUAUCGAAGAGUUUGGUGCCAGAGCCACAAACGAACAAGUUGGUGGAUGUCAUGAACAAGUUAAAGGAGAAAGGAAAGGAAUCGAUGAAGAUGGAAAUAGCGAAAAGGGGAAGGAAGGAUAAGAAUACUAGUUAAUACAUGCUAUUUGUUUAUGUUACAACUGAGAAAUACAAGCACUUGGAGGGGCCUCUCCGGUAUGUUAGCGAGCAAAGGAAUAUCAUCAACAACCAAGUUAUGAUCAAGCAAAGUCGAUGAUGGUUUAAGCACCAGUACAAGAUUAGAGUACUAACAAAUCCUAUUAAGGAGAUACUCAUUGUUCAUGGUGAUCUUUUUAUAUGCUAUAUUAGUUUCAGAACUAUUGGUCAACAAGGUACCGUUGAUUCACCAAUAUUUGGUGGCAUAGGGGGAAAUAAAGUUCACAAAGUAUGUCAAGUUUUUUUUGUAGUAAACAUAUGAUUUUCUCAUGAUGCUGUUGUACAUUUUCACAAAUAAUUUUGUUUUAUACAUGUCACACUAAUAUACAAUAGUCUUACCCUUUUAGUA